AUGCUCAAAUCAGAUGAAAUUCUUGAAAAAUUGGAGCCUGAUUCAAAAGAUGUUUUUGUUGAAGGCUUGAUUGAUAUGUAUAUCAACCGACCUGAUGAAAUGAAAAAUGUCUGUUUAGCUGAUUUUGUAUCGUUAUAUAAUAUAUCAAAGAAAAAAACAGGCUAUAUUGAAAUUAUAGAAAAUUCUGAUGACGAAGAUGUCAUUGACAAUGAAAUUGAUGAAAAAAGUGUUGCUUUAAAGAUGAAAAAUGGAAAAGGAUGGAUUAAAAAAAGAACAAAGAAAAAAAUAAUAAGAUACAGAAACUUUAAGCUGCAUCAAGAUCCUGAAAAUUAUUAUAGAGAGCAACUAAUGUUAUUUCUACCAUGGAGUAAGGAGGAAGAGGAUCUUAUUCAUAUAAAUCAUGAAGAGACAUUUGAAUUACAUAAAGAUUUAAUUCGACAAAACAGAUCUGAAUAUGUUCACCGUGAAGCCAAUGAAUUCGAAAAAGCUUUUGAAGAGCAAACAGAAAGAGGAAAUGACGAUGAUAUUGAUGAUACAAAUGUUGAAUAUGAUCAAGAUAAAAAUGAAUUUCUCAUUUAUGAAAUAGGAAACAAUGAAGGCGAUAUCUUUGUUGAAAUGGGACUCAAUACUCGAACUGAAAAAGUUGAACAUUUUAAUGUUCCUAAAAUAAUACCAGAUACUGAAUAUCAGGAAAUGAUGAGAAGUCUCAAUAACAAUCAAAGAAGAUAUACUUUAAAUGUGAUGAAUUUGAUAAAAAAUGGAGAUAAGCAAUUUUUUCAUUUCAUUAAUGGCGGUGCAGGUGUUGGCAAAAGUACUUUGAUCAAAGCAGUAUAUCAAUCGAUACUGAGAUUUUAUAAUUCUCUUCCGGGAUCUAAUCCAGAAACUAUUCGUACUGCAAUCUGUGCGCCAACUGGCAAAGCAGCAGCAUUAAUUGGUGGAAUGACAUUGCAUUCAUUUUUAAGUUUACCAGUUAAUCAAUGCAAACAUAAACUCGUUAAACUAGACAGUGAUAUUUCAAAUAGAAUUGGAGUGAAAUUGAAAGAUCUACAAUUACUAAUCAUAGACGAAAUAUCAAUGGUUGGUUUUACAAUGUUUCAACACGUCGAUGCNAAUAAUAUACUAAAUAGAGAUUCAACUAAUGCAAAAACGCAGAUUGACUAUUGCUUCACUAAUGUGAAAGACUUAAAAUCUGAUUAUUUUGAAAGUCUUACAAGUUUUCAUAAACCAAUAUGGAUAAGAAAACAUAAAGUUUUGACUAAGUUUCAUUUUGAUGAAACCGAAGAUAUUCAUACAAAUGUACCUUUUAAUAUCGAAGAUAUUAUAACUGAUGAUCAAUCUGACACGAUGGAAGUCGAUGAGAAAUUCGUUUUUGCACGCGUCAUGAAACAGUCGAUAAAAACGAACAAAUUGACUUAG